GUUCGCGAAGGUUGCGACGUUCAACUUCGAGAUGAAUGCAACAGGUUACUUUGGGGGUAACAGGCUUCUCGAGUUACCCGUUCCGCACGUGCCCGAGACGCUGAAUUGGAGCACCGCAUACCCCGAGUGCGUGAACGAAUCGUGCUCUUCCUGUCCGAAAAUUCCUGAGCCGAACGACCCAGAUUGGCUGGGCGACAUCGACGCUAUUGUCGCACGAGUGCCCUGCGACGAGCCAAGCAAUUCCUGGGCGAAGGAUAUUCGGUGGCAGCAGCAGCUCCUAACUAUCGCAGGGUUCGUCACCAGGGCGCACCGCCCUUGGUUACCAGUGGUGCUGCUCUCCGCGUGCCGCCCGCCGCCCAACCUCUUCCACUGCUCGCUCCUCAUGAGGCAGGAGGGGGACGUGUGGCUCUACAACCUGACGGCCAAUGACAUGCUGAUACGUAUGCAACCUCUGGGAUCAUGCGCCAUGGCUCAGCCAAUCAAGUGCGACAUGCCAGUGCUACACUCGUCUGAGCGCUAUGUGUGCGGCGCAAUAGUACUGCGGCACAACAUAAGGAGGGCGGAGAGCACGCGUGAGAUGGUUGUGCUUGUAUCGAAGGAGAUUUCAGAGGAGAUCAGGCGAGGACUGAGGGAGGCUGGGUGUCGAGUGAAGGAGAUAGAGAGGAUAAGAAACCCGAACGCUGAGGAGGGGGCUUAUAACGAGUGGAACUACAGCAAGCUGCGGCUGUGGCAGCAGGCGGAUUACGCCAAGCUCGUCUUCGUUGACUCGGAUCUUCUCCUGUUGACCAGCGUUGACUUCCUCUUCGCCUUCCCCGAGAUAUCCGCCCGCGGAAAUGACGGCCCUGAUUUCAACUCAGGGGUGAUGGUCUUGGAGCCAUCGGAUUGCACGUUUCAACUGCUGAUGGAAAAGCUUAUGAGAGUGCGGUCAGCCAAUGGAGGAGACCAGAAUCCAUAAACACUCUUAAACCCGUCUGGACUGCAGACCCUGUAGCGAAACAAGCCAUCAUCGCUAUAAAGAACAAGUGGUUCUCAGAAGACCCCUCGGAGAUUCAAGGGAUACACUACCUCGGUGUAAAGCCAUGGAUGUGUUACCGCGAAUUUGACUGUAACAUUCUGGACCCAACACGUUUGGAUUUUGCGAACGAGGCUGCUCAUAAGAGGUGGUAGAGUGUACAUGAUUCUCUGCCCGAACCCCUGAAGCAAUUUUGUCGGUUAACUGUA